CAGCUGGCCUUUAUAAUGGUCCCAAAUCUAGAAAGUUACUCGUUCGUAUUUUAUGGCUUUUAUCUGUUGAUGAUGACAAAGGACAUAUUUCUCGAGUAUUCGAAACUUAUAAUAGUAAGAGUGAGGUUCCAGUAUGGUACUGGAUAACUUUUAUACCGCAACUUAUAGCUUGUUUAAUGCAUAAAGAAGCAAAACAUGCUCGUACAAUUCUUACGAAAAUCGCUAAACAAUAUCCUCAGGCCUUACAUUUCCAAUUGCGAACAGCACGAGAAGAAUCUAUGUUGAUUAAAAAACAGGCCUUGGCUGCACAGUCGCAGGUUCGCGCUGGACAAGUUUCAUCUCCUGUUGUGAAUUCUCCAGGAGCUCCUUUAACUCCUAUGCCUACGUCCGUUCCCAAUCAAUACAAGUGA